UAGUUGAACUUCAAUUGUUUGAUUGAGGUGCCAUAUUUUUCUAAACAGCACUCAUAAAAUAUGGCAUUUUAUUAUCCAGGCAGUUUUAAACGUAAAUAAUGGAGUCUAACGAUAAUCCUGAGGGUAAUGAUAACCCUCCAGUCCCCUUAGGCCCUAAGCCUAAGGUGCUGGUGGGACAGCUGCGCAUCCUGCUGGAAGCCAUAGAGAAAGACUCCGAAAUGUAUAAUGGUCGCAACAGCGACAUGGUAUCCCUCGUGACCAUGGAGAAGUGGCAUUUGCUAGCUCAGAAGCUGAACCGUUUCCCUAAUGGAGCCAAUAUCUCCGUUUCCAGCUGGAAAUAUGUUCUUCGCUACUGGAGCACGAACACCAAGAAGAAGCGGAUUUAUGAGAAGAAGAACGUGACCCGCGCUAGGAAUGCCGCUCUCAGCGACGAGGAAGCCAACGAGCUGGCGCAGCUCGAGAAGAGAUUCUACAAGAUCAUCAAGAAGGAGGAAACCCGUGAUAUACUGGAUAUGACCGACCACGGGGUGCUGGACCCGGUGUCCAAGCCAGCCAGCGGGGAGAAUGUCCCUGAGCGCGUGAACUACACCGUGGAGAUGUUCAAUGUGCGCUGGUCUCUGGACAACGAUGAGAAUGCAGCGCCGCGACUCCGGAAGAGGCGAGGAGGAGCGGAGGAAGAUGAAACUGGAUCGCGUGAGAAAUCCAAAAAGCUGAAGAUAAUAUUUGAUACAGGCGAGGCGCGCCUCCCACGCCGCGUGAUCGUCAAGAACGUGGAGAACGUGCAGAAGCUGAACCUGGUGUCGCGUCAGCUGGAGGAACACAUCACCACCAUACAGAGCCGCAUCCACAUGAUCAAGGAUCUGUGGAAGCACCGCUGCGGCGACAAUUAAGUAAACCAACUGAUGGCAGGGGAGGGAGGCGGCGAGUAGGGCGAGGGGCAGGCAUGGAGGGCGUAGAUGAACGGAAUUGAGUGUUACAGGGACGAAGCAAGAAUGGGUAUUUAAAAGAAAGAAAGCAAAGGAAUUGUAUUCACGUGUAAAAUGAUGUAGAGUGCAUGAGGUAGAAUGAUUUCCAGGGGUGAAUGCCAAUCAUAUAUAAUCAUCAAUUUUCAUUGUCUCGGUGUUUUAGAUUAGAACGAUUUUGUCAUUCACUAGUCGAUUAUCAAUGUUUAAGUGGAUCUCGAUGUAUUCAUGUCAUCUUUCUUACUCUAGAUGAUUUUGGUGUCAGUUUUAGGCGAACGCAUUUAUUUCGUAAUAUUAAUUAAAUAUUUGUACUUCGGGUCAGCUCUUACGUGAUAGAUUUAUACAUUAUUAUGUAUGUUUUCAACAUCUUUAUAUUAAGUACUCAUUAUAACGAUAAGGUAUACGCAUAAAUAAGUGUAAUCGAUUUAGUCUUAUUGGGAGACUUCAUGAGGGUUUAGGUAAGGAAGAAGGGGGCACGCCAAUGUAACCGUAGUUAUACUGAUGUAUCGUCAAAGAUGAAUGCAAAGCGAAACAAAACAACAAGAAUCCAGUGUCAAAUCAGUUACUGUAACUCGUCAGUAUUGUAGUAUUUUAUGAUCUUAAUAAAAUUUCGUAACCAAA